GGAGAGGGAGGAAAGUGGGUGGGAGGACGGACCCAAGGAGCGACAAGAAAUUCAUAUCAAUUAAUAAUCAUAAAAAAAGAGCUGGCAGACGCGCUCGGAAAACUGGCAUGGUUUUUUGGAGGCUGGCAGUUCAAAGCUGAAACGUCAGAUAUGAGUCCUGGAGACUGCUGAGAUGAUCAUUAAGGGAGACUUAGAUCGGAUGGCAGAAGACAUCGGGCAUGCAGAUAUCUGUUGUUUCAGGUGGUGGACUGAAGACGAUGCUGGGUGCCAUGGAAGUUCCAAGUCAUGCUAGGGAUCUCCUCCUGCAGCUCAACAGCCAGCGAACCAAGGGCUUCCUGUGUGAUGUUAUCAUUGUGGUGCAGAACGCCCUCUUCAGAGCUCACAAGAACAUUCUGGCUGCCAGCAGCCUCUACUUGAAAUCUUUGGUGGUCCAUGACAAUCUAAUCAACCUCGACCACGAGAUGGUGAGUCCAGGGGUCUUCAGAGUCAUUCUGGACUACAUCUACACAGGCCGCCUUAGCGAUGGAGACCCCACUUCUCCCACUGAACCCAAUCUAGGGGCUGUCUUGGCAGCAGCCAGCUACCUUCAGCUGCUCGACCUAGUGGCUUUGUGCAAAAAGAAGCUGAAAAGAAAUGGCAAGUACCCUCCCCGCCCAGGUCCUGCAUUUCUGCCCUACCCAAAGAUUGGGCCCAAUAGUAUGGGUUUGGGGAGUGGUGGCAGGUAUAGGGUUUCUACUCCUGUCAUUCAGCCCUGCCCUCCAGGGGGAAUUUUGAAUAGCCCUGUAACCCGGCCACCACAACAUGAGCAGGAGCUAGUUCCCCAUCGACUAGCCCUUCAUGCUGGGGAGCUGUUUGCCCCCACCUCCACCUCUCAGGUGUUCCCGUCCCUGCAGUCAGCUCUGCCUGCCCAGCUUGGGCGCUCAGCCCACCCCGUGAGAAACUGCUCCCCCAACUACGGCCUUGAUCUCUCCAAGAAAAGCCCAAACUCCCAUUCUCAGCACACACCCUCUCACUCCCAUCUGGCAAACACUCACAAUGAUGAGGAGCGAGACGGGACUCUGAGUGGCCACACCAGUCCCAUGCAGGGCACAAAUGGAAGGGCCUUCCCCUCAGAAAAAAUGGAGUCAACCGACCAGGCAAGCUCUCUCACUCCUCCGCCUUUCCCCCAUCUCAACCAGCCUCUUGGCCCACACCUCCCCCACCUGCAUCGCUCAGGCUCCCAUGGCACAGAUCGCUACCCAUGUCCCCCGAGCCCUGACACCCCCACGGAAGGUGGAGAGGCAGGCAGAGAAAUGGGCAACAUCUACCGCUGGGUGAAACACGAGCCACUGUCAUACACAGCUGAAGAUGAAGAUGAAGAUGAGGAUGAGGAGGAAGGGGGUGAAAAUGGAGACCAGCAUCAUAACCACCACAAGGCAGGGGAGGAGAGUGAAGGAGGAGACGACAAGAGUGGGUCGGGCACAGAGGAGACUGGCAGUAGUGAAGGCCGCCCCUCUCCUCCUGGAUCAAUGGGGAGGUUCCACAUGCCGUAUGAGCCAGAAAGCUUUGGGGACAAUCUGUAUGUCUGCAUUCCCUGUGACAAAGGCUUCCCGAGCUCAGAGCAGCUCAAUGCACAUGUGGAGACACACACAGAAGAAGAGCUGUACGGCAACUCUGGCGGGGAGAUGGGAAACAGCAACAACAGCAGCACCAAAAACAUGAGCAGCAACACAAACGGUUAUGGGAACCUGAACAGCAGCAACAGUUUGAACAGUCUGUCCCACCUGGAGACCAAGUCCAGCCAGGGGCUGAGUUCAGGGGGCAUCGGGGAGAUGAUCCGACCCUACCGUUGUUCCUCCUGUGAAAAGUCCUACAAAGAUCCAGCCACUUUGCGCCAGCAUGAGAAGACCCACUGGCUGACCCGGCCAUACCCAUGCAGCAUCUGUGGCAAGAAGUUCACGCAGCGCGGCACCAUGACACGCCACAUGCGUAGCCACCUGGGCCUUAAACCUUUUGCCUGCGACGCCUGUGGCAUGCGCUUCACCCGGCAGUAUCGCCUCACAGAGCACAUGCGCAUCCACUCAGGGGAGAAGCCCUAUGCAUGUCAGGUGUGUGGAGGAAAGUUUGCUCAGCAGCGCAACCUCAUCAGCCACAUGAAGAUGCACAGCAGUGGAGGGACUGCAGGGGGCCUGACCGCUGAUGGGAAACUGAAGCUGGACUUUGCUGAGGGCAUCUAUCCUCUCAGUAAAUACGCAGCAGAGCAUCUGGGGCUGAAGCAGGAGAAUGCCAAUGAGCUUCUCAUCCAAGCCCAGCAGCAACUGGUUGCUGAUGCAAAGGUCAUGGAGAGCCUCUACCCUCUGUCCAAAUUGGCCUCGGAGCACCUGGGCCUCUCCCACGACAAGAUGGAUGUCCUGGGCCAGCCCCUCCCCCCUCCCCCGCAGGCCCUCUCUGAUGCCCGCACCAUUGACCGCUACUCACCCAGCUAAGACCACAUGACCUGUAUUAAUGGCAAUCACCAAUAGGUCUGUGUGUACACACAACUUGCAGUAUUCAAAAGCCAUUCACCUCAGCUCAAUAUCUCCUCUGCACCUCAGACUCAGGCCAAAAGGAAUUGGUCUGUUGAUGCACACCAAAAUGUGUAGACUGUAAGUGCCUUUCUAUGCAUCUAAUGUAUCUUAAAGUCCUCCUUCAUAAAGGAGCUCUGUGCUAUUCUGUGACCAAGGGACACUCAACUCAAAGAAGUACAGUAUUUAUGCACCGUAUAUGCAAACAAACAUUUCAAAAUUUACAGCCAUUGAGCCAAAGUGACAAAUUGAAAACCAAAAUAAAAUUGUUUUAUUUAUUUUUGUAUUAUGGUGAAAUCCAAAGACAAACUGUUGCAAGGAAACGUUGCAAUCUGACCCUAAACCUGUGUACAAACAAAUGAAAAAGCACAUAAGGACAAGAUUCAGGGUUUCGGUCCAGACCUGAGCGGAACUUUUGCCAAAUGAAUAAGCCAACUCUUCUGGACUUUAAAGUAAUGGGAGGAUAUAUAUUUUUUUCUUUUUUUUUUUUGUCUGUUUUUGGGGUACUGGACAAUUUAUGUAUCUCACUCUCCAGCUUCUCCAAAUCAUGUUCCCGCUUCCCAAGUCGCAAGGGCAUGACUGAACGAUAAGAGCAAUUGCUGCAGCAUUUUGGUAAAGUCUCCUCUGAUUUAUUUUCUCCACAUUUUUUUUUAAAGAAACCCACUCCCCUGCAUAUUUGUGCGGAUAAAGGCUCAUACUAUGUGACAGUAAUGGUAGCUUAAUCAGCCUAACACUCAGCGAGUAACCCUUCUUGAGCUAAAACUUCCUUUGCAUUUUGACUAACAUUCCCUAGCUUUCAGUUGUUAUUGAGAUGCAGUAAGCACAGCCCUGUGAGCUCAAAUCUGGGACAUGAUUGCACAUACCCAACUGAUGACACACUAAUCCCUGUUCAUGACGAGUGUAGCUUCAUCUUAUGGUGUAGACGGAGCAAGGGCGUUGCCUCUAACAAUGUGUAAUAUUUACAAUUUUUAAUGUGGCCGAGCUUAGAGGCACUGACUAGGUCAGAAUUAAUGACACAUAAAUCUGUCAUUUGCUGUCAAAAGCAAUUACUUCAUUCCCAGCAGUCUGAUGAUUAAGAGAGUAGUGGCAGUAGUCAGAUGCCUUUCCACUGUCCGACCUCUCAUUUGACCUCCCUCCCCUGUAGUCUGUUGUCUGGGAGCCCUGCUACUGUUGACAGGCCAAAGUGAGUGCUACUUAGCCCUUUUGCCUUAAAGCGCUCCACACACCACACACAUAUACGCCUCCCCCUCCACACACACACACAAACACACACACACACACACACACAUAGCGAGCUGCUAAUCUGUCCGUGAUAUGAACAUAAGAAGGGGUUUGUGGGUCUUCCCUGGAAGCCAGCGGGUGAACAGCACACCCCAGCUGCUGUGCCUCAGUAAUCCCUGUGAAAUCUCACUUUCUCCUGGACAAUUCGCACUGCUCGCCGGCAUGAUGUCCCAUUUCAUGCCUGCCAUCUUACCCCUCUGAUCCACUUAUUAACAUCAUAUCCGAGCCUAGCAAAUGUCUCCCGGCCUCGCCUCCUAUCAUGGCUGGUAUCGAAUGCGGAAACAAAGAAUGACAUAUUUCUCUGUUGGCUGACCAGCAGUCCCUCCAGCUUGAAAACAAAAGAGCACUUAAAGGUUGCGGGUAGACGGCACAUUUUUGUCUUUCAAUGUUUAUUGCAAAGAACAUGCUGGCCUUUUCUUUUUUUUUCUUUUUCCACUUUUACUGGUCCUUGAUUCAGAUUAGAAAUGUCUGACCACUAUAGUGCCAAUGCCAACCUCAGUGGGUGAAUGUGAAGACUAAAGCCAUAAAUACACUGUGAUAGACGUAGUGAAUCUUAAAGGCUUAAAAAAAACAGAGACAAUGUGUCUGACUCUUGGGAUUGUUUUUUUAAAUGUAACAAUAAUUUAAGGGCUUCUUCUCUGUAGCAUAUGAUCAUAUCAAACAUGUUGUUUUCUGUCACUUACUUUUCUUUAUUUUGAUUUUAACUGAAAGCAGUGCACGUGAAACUGGUGCUUACCUCAGGACUGAACCCAGCAUGGGGACGCUAAGCUUUACUAAACCUUCAAAUAACAAUGUCAACACAUACCCACACAAACACACAUGCACACACUCACACACACUUUUUUUAUUUUCCUAUUAACAGGGCAGUUGUCCUGUGUUAAACCUGUGGUUAUUUCUGUGUUUAUACAUUUCUUGUUACACUUUUAUGGUGGAGAGAUAACAUGUGAUAUUAACAUUUUUUUGUUUUUAUUUUUACUAUGCGGUAUACAUUUUCUAUUGUGUUGUCCUCAAAGAGGCUAGUGUCGGUCUGACCAAUUUCAUUGUUAUAAGAUAAGGUAAAGUCAUUUUGGUAGUAUCUUAACUGGCUGUUUGUGAAUUUCUGAACCACACUUUAGCGAGCACAUUUAGGAGGCUUUGGUUUCAACCACACAUGCAGUAAGUCUAGGUGACAAGUGUAGUCUUUUGAAAUGUCUCCACAAGACAUAAUGUAUUAUCAGUACUUCCCUAAACAGACGAGCAGUGGCUUUGCUGGGUGCGUAUGUAAAACCAGCCUCAUACAGUUUGACCCCUUUUCUCCAGAGGUUAGUGAACUUUCGACACACAGGAAGCCAGCUUGUUUUGGAUGAUGCUCCAAGUUAUGCGACUCUUGUUCAGCUCUGUAACAAAAACAGAAAGAAAUGGUUAAAUGAAAUAUUAUUAACAGUAAGAACUUGGUCCACAAACGUGCAUACGUGUUAGAAAUGUAGGAACAGGCGGAUGUCAGUCGUGGGAAUUUCAGUCCCCUCACUCCCUCUCAUUCACUAGUUUAAAUGAAAAUCUAUCUCCUCCUUUUCCCUGCCUUACACCAUUAAAAUAACACAAAGUGUUUCCACUGUCACUCCAAAUCUGUGCAAGGGGAAGAGCAAGAUAAUGCCUGAACAUUUCUGUAGGAUGUGCACUGUUUAAAAUUUGCUUAAUUGCAUUAAUGCGUAUGACAGACCGAGAGGGGGAGAGUUGUGUAUCUAUAGAGAGGGGAAGCGUUUGCUUGUCUGUUUGUAUGUCCCUAUGCUAUUUGAGCGUAUGAAGGGCUGUUAAUGCAUGUCCUGGGAAUAGGGUUAGUGUGAAGGAGAAGAGCUGAGGAGCAGGAAGUGAACUUUUGGCUGGUGUGUUGUGUUGAGCAGGAUGUGCCGUGUGUUUCUGCUCAGAGGCAGAUAGAGAGACGGAGAAUGGGGAGGGAGAGGAGCAGGGAGAACGCAGCAGGGUGGACGCGAGUCAUUGUCUCAGUAUGAAAGCCUGUUCGUACUUCUAAAACUCUCCAUUCAGAAAACAAGUAGCCUGUAUCUUCUCUUUUCCUUCCCCUUUUUGCUCUUUGGGAAUAAACCUCUGCUCAGUGUCACGGUGAUACAACAUUGUGGGCUUUCAAGGGCUGUGGGUGAGGAAGCCAUUCAGACAGUUUGUUACAAUUUGAGGAUGUUGUGGAUUAAACUCAGGCAUCCUUUUGGUCAGAGAAUUUAUUAAAAUAUUUUCUCCAUAUGUCUAUAUUUUGAACAUCGUUGAAAAUUGGGACAGGGCUGAUCAAUAUGAAGGGCCUAGAAACUGUUAUGUAAAUCAUAAUUAAAAAACUGGCAGUAUUUCUUUUGCUCUGUGGUUGAUUCAAUUAGUAGAAUUACAAAAACCUUGUUUCAAUUUUCUGGUGUAGCCACUCACCCCAUGGGAUUUUAUGCCAUGUGCCUUUGUUAAUGUUAUUUAUAUGACCAACCCAGAAAACUUCUUUCUACCACAAAAGUGGUUUAGAUGAAAAUUUUUUGAAAGUAAUAAAAUUAGGCAUUUAAAACAAUUUAUUAGUUACAUUAAUUUAUAUAAUGAAAAUGAAUAAAUGCAAAAAUAAAUGAGUGCAGUGAGACAAACCACAAACUAUGAGAUGUGGGUUGAUGUUUUUAUUUUGUUUUAUUUUUUAGGCCAUUUCAUUCCUUUCUAAUGUUGUUAUGGCAACCAUCCCAGGCCCGUAACUUUUAUAACACUAACAAUAUAGAAAUAAAAAACGAUCUGGAUGAGUUCCAGGGGCCCUGUGUAGACCAAAAAAGGAUUUAGGUUUAAUGUAAAAAAAUGCAAAGUAUGCCUUUAAGCUUUCUACCAGCGGCAGAAAGUCCGGGGUCACCUGUGUGACUCUGACAGGCUCUGAGUAGUCCUGAUCUGCAAUCAUACCGCUGUUUGACAUUUAUUGUAUUUCACGCUGUGUGCCAAAAGGACUGAAGCACUUACCAGACAUUGCAGAUGCUCAAAACAAAACUCAGCGACAAUCUUAGUAGUUUCCACGGGUUGCAUUGUCGAGCUAAGCCUCUGACCAACUCUGACUUUGCCUUAUUAUGAGAGCCAUUAUCUAUGUAGUUAAUCACGAGAGCACAGUGCAGACAUGCCACUAUUGUCCUGUGUACAUAUUUCUUUUCAUGAGGACUCAUUUAAAUGUACGCUAGAGCCAAAUUAUAUCAAUAAUCAAGCCUCAUUUUGGCGUUGAAACCAAAAGCCUACUCUUAAGUCAACCAAUACGAAUGUGGCUUCAGUAUAACAAGCAUCGAUAAUUCUGCAAUAACUUGUAUGCCUGUGUGUGAGUGUGUGUGUAGGUGUUCUGAUGUGUCCGCACAGUGCACCUGUCCAUCUACAUGUCUGAGCGCCUUUCCCACAGUGUAGCAGGGUGAAGUACAAGGGAGAGAUUUGACACUUUCAAGAGUCUUUAUUACAAGCAGCUGCUUUAGAUUUAUUUCCCCGAACUGCACUUUUCUGGAAAAAUCAUUGUAUUGUGAUUUUUUAUUACUCUUAUGAUCCCCUAGAAGUCCCACAAUUGCCUUUCCUCUGGCACUUUGCUUCCUUCGCUUUCCUCCUCUUCCUCCCUUCAGUGCAGAGCUUGGCCACACUCGUUCACCGCCCUUGUUACCUCAAAGCACAGUUUCCCUCCUCACCUCUCUCUGUCCCUUCUCUCCUCUUACACUCAACACAAACCGCUGACCCACAGCGCCCGCUGCCUCCCUCCUCUCCCAUGAUCCACUUACUUCCAGCUGUUUUUCAUGCUGAAGAAGACAGUUGUCUAAAUGUUUAUGUGAAGAGCUACUUUCUUUUUCUUUAAGCCCUGAUCAAUUUCCAAAAUGAACUUUGUGGCAUGUGUUAAAAUACAGCAGAUGACGGGCCAAAUAAAAAAGUCUGACAUCGUUAUUGUAUUCUGAUCCUCAAGCCAAGAAAUGGCUUACAAAGGGAGAUUAAAGACAGCAUAUCGUUGUAGAGGAAAUGCAGAAUAAUGUGAGGGGAAAUGUUCGGGAGAAAAUAUGCUCAGAAAGAUGCCAGUAAAGUAAACAUGUAUGAAAUUGCACAAUUGAGCCGGGCCUCGGCUGCACCAGCCAAGUCAUGCACUGAGAUGGAGAGAACAAGUAAGAGAGAAGAGUUGAGGGGAGAAGAAGCAGAUUCUGAGAGAGAAAUGGCUUGUGCUUGAUAGUCAUAACUUUCAGUAAAUAACAAAGAAAAGCUGUUUGCUUUGUGUGUCUGUUCACCUCUUUUUUUCCCCCCACCUCGUUCUGUGAUUUUAUUUCAUUUCCCUCUUGUAGGAAAUUAUCUUGUGAGGAAAUUAAGUUUUUUGCCUUUUCAUUGUUGAUUGCUGCAGGUCAUUGUCAAGGAUUUUUAAUGUUAAUGCUCAUGUCAGCGUGCCCUCAGAGACGUCAUCCUUUUUCCAGACCUAACAAUUAUCACCCAAUCAGCAGAUGACCCACAGUAGGCUCUUUGUAGUUGAACGGGGAAGGGGGUUCUGGCUGCUCAUGUCGUCCUCCAUCUGUUUGGCUUGGAUCUCUGUUUCUGUCUCUACCUUGAACACAUACAAGGCAGACUAAGUGGACUUUGGCUUGAAUCUUUUCGUUUACAGCGUACAACUUCUGUUGCAGAGGUUUAAAUUCAAAGACAAACAAAGAGCAAGGACAAAACAAGCAGGAAUUUGGAAGAGUGAAAGUUGGUUGAGGACUAGAUUUGAUUGUAUAUUUCACACACUCACGUGGACACACACAUAUACACACACACAGCUGGAUGGCAGACUGCAGCUCCAGAUUAGGUCAGAUUUAAUUAGGCUGCCCUGCUCUGUUUGGAGUGUCGCUUCUUGUAGAAAAAGCCAUUAUUAAAGAAAAGGUGAUUCCACUGACGGCUUCCACCCAGCACACUAAAACCUGUGCCAAAAUGUUACAGAGCCUCAGGGUCCUCUCACACUCACACACACACGUACACAAAGACACAUACACAAACAUCUAUUCUGGUUUUGGAAAAAGGUUAUGUGUAGAAAUGAUGGAUUACGAUUUAAUGAAGAUCACUGUGACGUUUUGAGGUGGUUGUACCCGACUGUUUGUGGUUCAUGGAUAAGAAAGUUCAGCAGUAACACAGACUGCCACGCAGACAGUAGUCUCUGCGGAUAGAUGGGAAAAAAAUACAUGACAGAAUACAUACAUCACAAAUUUACAAUGGAAAUUAGAUUUUUCAGUGGAAGACAGGAUCUUAUUUCAGCAGGCAUGGAGCAGACAUCCAUUAAACAUCAAUAAUGUCCAGUGUUUCGUUUUGUGGUUUUACAAAAGUGUAUACCAUAAAAACAAUUAAAAGCAAUACAUUAAACCAAACAGUAUUUUCUUUUUUUUUUUUUGCAUUUUCUGCAUUUCAUUGUCAAUAUUGAUCUUACUUUGCUUUAGUGAAAUGAAUGUAUUUAUUGCAUGUCAAAAUGUUUUAUAGUUAAUUUUUGUGUAAAUUUCAAUUGUGGGUUUUUAUAAUAAUUUCAUUUAAUUAUGGUGUCUUGAUAAAAUCAUGUCGAUAAGGCUUUUAUUUUUUAAAAGCCAAUGUGAAUUAUGUCAUGUUUUUUUUGUUUGUUACUAUACUCAAAAUCAACUUGGCAAUAAAGUGAAUUGCAUAAUGGA